GGGUGGGCCGAGGCUGCCGAGGAGGGGGCGGCCGGGGCGAGUCGGGGCCGGGGUCCGAGUCCUCCCGGGCGGGCGCCCCUGCGGCGGGUGGGCGAGGGGGGCGCCUGUGUCCGGGAGCCGGCCGCUGGGUGGGAGCGCUUGCGGGGAUGGGCGUGACCAGCCGGGGAGCUGCCCUACUGUGUACGGCGUUGGGUCAGGUCAAACAUUUUCCAUCUAUUUUGGUAGAGCAAAAAAACUUUUACUAAAAUGGUGUUCUUUACGUGCAAUGCAUGUGGAGAAUCAGUGAAGAAAGGCCAAGUGGAGAAACAUGUGAACAUAUGCAAAAACUGUCAAUAUCUUUCCUGUAUUGACUGUGGCAAAGACUUCUGGGGUGAUGAAUACAAAAAACACGUGAAGUGCAUCACUGAAGAUCAGAAAUAUGGUGGCAAAGGUUAUGAGGUCAAAACUAGCAAAGGAGAUGUGAAACAGCAGGAGUGGAUUCAGAAGAUUCAUGAGGUGAUGAAGAAACCUAGUGUUAGUCCCAAAUUGCGGGAGAUUUUAGAAAAAGUUAGUGGUUUUGACAAUAUUCCAAGAAAAAAGGCCAAAUUUCAGAAUUGGAUGAAGAACAGUUUAAAAAUUUACAAUGACUCUCUUCAGGAGCAGGUGUGGGAUAUCUUUUCUGAAGCUACCAGAAAUGGACCAAAUACAAAAGAACAAGAGAAACACCCUCUCAACCAGGUGGAGAAUCAGCACUCGGAAAACAAAGUCAAGGCAGCUCCCCCAGAAGGCGGUGAGAAACCAGCCGGCCAGCCGGAGGUCAAGAAGAACAAAAGGGAACGCAAGGAGGAGCGGCAGAAGAGCCGGAAAAAGGAGAAGAAAGAGCUGAAGCUGGAAAACCACCAAGAAAACUCCAGCGACCCGAAAUCCAAGAAGCGCAAGAGGGCCCAGGCAGAAGGGGAUGCCGGGAGGGAAGAGAAGCCAGAAAUCAGCAAUGCAGAAAAGCGGAAAAACAAGAAGAAAAAAGCCAAGAAGGAGUGUGCGCCGGACGCUGAGGUGAAUGGUGAUGGAAGUCAGGACGGCGAGAGGAUGGCGGAAGAGGCGCCCAGAGCGCCCGAGAAGCGGAAACGAAAGCACUCAGAAGAAGAGGCCGAUUCCAAGAAGAAAAAAAUGAGACCCACAGAAGAGGCGAGUGUAGGGGACGAAGAGGCCGAAGCACCCGUGAAAGGGAAAUUCAACUGGAAAGGAACUAUCAAAGCUGUUCUGAAACAAGCUCCGGACAAUGAAAUAUCGGUUAAAAAACUAAGGAAAAAGGUUUUAGCGCAAUACUACGCCAUGACCAGCGACCACCACAAAUCGGAAGAGGAACUGCUUGUCAUCUUUAACAAGAAGAUCAGCAAGAACCCCACCUUUAGGCUCUUAAAGGAAAAAGUCAAACUUUUGAAAUGAACACCUUCCUCCUUCCUUCAGGAAUGCCCUGCGCUCCUGCCUCCUGCCUCCGCCAUCCAUCACGAUUUGUAAAACAGUUGGAGAACUUGACAGCUACUCCCAUUUCGUGUUGUUGUUAUUUUUUAAAUGUUAAGGAAAAUGUAUAUUUUUGGUAGAGCUUUUAACUGAAAAUAAAGAUAAUUGCUGGCCAUUCUUCUAACUUUCUGAUCCAGAAAAUGACUGGAGCUGAAAAAGUACGAAUUUAUUUAUUAGAAUCUACUGUUAACUUGGCAGCAAUUAAACCCAGUAACAGUGACAUGACAUGCCUUAUACAGCGAGAUGGGAAUUGUAAUUCCAUUUAAUUGAAGUACUUUUUAAUUCUUUUCAAGCAUUUUGAAUCUAGCAGGAAUUCUCUGUGAACUUGGUGGCAGUUCCCCCCCACGUAUGUGUGAGGGCGUUGUGGGAUUCUGUCUAGGAAUGAAUGACAACCAUAUUUUGUCUUUUGUAUAUUUGAAGAGAUGCCCCUCACCAUCA